GGUGAUGAACUACUCCCCUGACCUGGACCGUGCUGUGAUUGACGAUGCCUUCAAGCGAGCAUUCAAAGUGUGGAGCGACGUGACCCCCCUCACCUUCACGCAGAUCUACAGCGGCGAGGCAGACAUCAUGAUCAUGUUCGGCAGCACAGAGCAUGGGGAUGGAUACCCCUUCGAUGGCAAGGAUGGCCUCUUGGCCCACGCCUUCCCCCCAGGCCGGGGGAUCCAGGGCGAUGCUCACUUCGAUGACGACGAAUUCUGGACGCUGGGAACUGGCUUAGUGGUGAAGACCCGCCACGGAAACGCCAAUGGGGCCAACUGCCACUUUCCCUUCGUCUUCGAGGGCCACUCCUACUCCCGGUGCAUCACGGAGGGGCGCACGGAUGGGCUGCCCUGGUGUGCCACCACCGCCAGCUAUGACCAGGACAAGAAAUACGGCUUCUCGGACGGGCGCUCCGUUGGCCCCCGCGGGUGUGCCACCACCGCCAACUUCGACCAGGACAAGAAAUACGGCUUCUGCCCCAACCGAGACACGGCGGUGAUCGGCGGCAACUCCCAGGGGGACCCGUGUGUCUUCCCCUUCACCUUCCUGGGGCAGUUCUACAGCACCUGCACCAGUCAGGGCCGGCAAGACGGCAAGCUCUGGUGUGCCACCACCAGCAACUACGACACUGACAAAAAGUGGGGCUUCUGCCCUGACAGAGGUUACAGCAUCUUCCUGGUGGCUGCCCACGAGUUUGGGCACUCGCUGGGGCUGGACCACUCCAGUGUGCGCGAGGCCCUGAUGUACCCCAUGUACAGCUACGUCCAGGACUUCCAGCUGGACCCAGAUGAUGUCCAGGGCAUCCAGUACCUCUAUGGUCGUGGCUCUGGCCCUGAGCCCACUGCCCCUGUACCCGCGCCCACCAAGGAGCCCCAGCCCAUGCCGACAGAGGCCGGCAGCACCUCCACCACUGAGGAGGACGAGGAGGAGGAGACACUGAAGCCCACGACCGAGCCCAUUCCCGUGGACCCCAGCUGGGACGCCUGUGCGGAGAAGAACUUCGAUGCUAUCACGGAGAUCAACGGGGAGCUGCAUUUCUUCAAGGACGGGAAAUACUGGACCCGCUUGUCCUUCUGGAAGUCAGGCAUCCAGGGUGCCUUCUCCAUCGCAGACACCUGGCCCGCCCUCCCGCCUGUCAUCGACGCCGCUUUCCAGGACGCGCUCACCAAGAGGGUCUUCUUCUUCGCCGGUCGGCAGUUCUGGGUGUUUUCUGGCAAGAGUGUGCUGGGCCCCCGGGGGAUCGAGAAGCUGGGCAUCGGGAAGGAAGCCAGCCGCAUCUCGGGGGCCCUGCAGCGGGGCCGCGGCAAAGUGCUGCUCUUCAGCGGGGAGAGCUACUGGAGGUUGGAUGUGAAGGUCCAGAGAGUGGACAAGGGCUACCCCCGCGCCAUCGACGACGUCUUCACCGGCGUCCCCCUCGACGCACGCAACGUCUUCCUC